GGCGCCAAGGGCCACGCCAGAGUGGGGGAUGAGGUGUGCUCACCCCAGUCCCAAGUCUCCUGCCCCUCGGUGGGCAUCCGCCUGCAGCUCUGGCCUUGUCUCCCCAGGUCUUGGGACCCGGGGUCCCUUCGGAGCUCUGCGCUGGCGGAUCUCACCCCAGUUGGGGCGUCCGGGAGCCCCUGAGGUCACAGAGCCCAGCCGUCUGGUGAGGGAGAGCUCCGGGGGAGAGGUCCGAAAGCAGCAGUUGGACACCAGGGUCCGCCAGGAGCCACCAGCAGGCCCGUCUGUCCACCUGGCCCAAGUGAGUUUCGUCAUCCCAGCCUUCAACUCAAACUUCACUCUGGACCUGGAGCUGAACCAUCACCUCCUCUCCUCGCAAUAUGUGGAGCGCCAUUUUAGCCGGGAGGGGACAACCCAGCACAACACCGGAGCCGGGGACCACUGCUACUACCAGGGGAAGCUCCGGGGGAACCCCCACUCUUUUGCCGCCCUCUCCACCUGCCAGGGGCUGCAUGGGGUCUUCUCUGAUGGGAACUUCACCUACAUCGUGGAGCCCCGCGAGAUGGCCAGGCCUCAGGAACCCCCCCAGGGACCCCUUCCCCACCUCAUUUACCGGACCCCUCUCCUCCCAGCCCCUCUUGGAUGCAGGGAACCAGGCUGCCUAUUUGCUGCCCCCGCUCAUUCUGCUCCUGUGAACCGGCCGAGGCUGAGAAGGAAAAGGCAGGUCCGCCGGGGCCACCCUACCGUCCACAGUGAGACCAAGUACGUGGAGCUGAUCGUGGUCAACGACCACCAGCUGUUCGAGCAGAUGCGCCAGUCGGUGGUCCUCACCAGCAACUUUGCCAAGUCCGUGGUGAACCUGGCAGAUGUGAUGUACAAGGAGCAGCUCAAUACCCGCAUCGUGCUGGUUGCCAUGGAAACGUGGGCAGAUGGGGACAAGAUCCAGGUGCAGGAUGACCUCCUGGAGACCCUAGCCCAGCUCAUGGUCUAUCGGCGGGAGGGCCUGCCUGAGCCCAGUGAUGCCACCCAUCUCUUCUCGGGCAGGACUUUCCAGAGCACCAGUAGCGGGGCUGCCUAUGUGGGGGGCAUCUGCUCCCUGUCCAGGGGUGGAGGUGUGAACGAGUACGACAACAUGGGCGCCAUGGCGGUGACGCUGGCCCAGACGCUGGGGCAGAACCUGGGCAUGAUGUGGAAUAAACACCGGAGCUCAGCAGGGGACUGCAAAUGUCCGGACAACUGGCUGGGCUGCAUCAUGGAAGACACUGGGUUCUACCUGCCCCGCAAGUUCUCGCGCUGCAGCAUCGACGAGUACAACCAGUUUCUGCAGGAGGGAGGCGGGAGCUGUCUCUUCAACAAGCCCCUCAAGCUCCUGGACCCGCCUGAGUGUGGGAACGGCUUCGUGGAGGCGGGGGAGGAGUGCGACUGUGGCUCGGUGCAGGAGUGCAGCCGUGCGGGCGGGAACUGCUGCAAGAAAUGCACCCUGACUCACGACGCCAUGUGCAGCGACGGGCUCUGCUGUCGCCGCUGCAAGUAUGAACCGCGGGGUGUGUCCUGUCGAGAGGCCGUGAACGAGUGCGACAUCGCGGAGACCUGCACCGGGGACUCGAGCCAGUGUCCCCCUAACCUGCACAAGCUGGAUGGUUACUACUGCGAUCACGAACAGGGCCGCUGCUAUGGAGGUCGCUGCAAAACCCGGGACCGGCAGUGCCAAGCCCUUUGGGGCCAUGCGGCUGCUGAUCGCUUCUGCUAUGAGAAGCUGAACGUGGAGGGGACAGAGCGUGGGAACUGUGGGCGCAAGGGGUCAGGCUGGGUCCAGUGCAAUAAACAGGAUGUGCUCUGUGGCUUCCUCCUCUGCGUCAACAUCUCUGGAGCGCCCCGGCUGGGGGACCUAGGGGGAGACAUCAACAGUAUUACCUUCUACCACCAGGGCAAGGAGCUGGACUGCAGGGGUGGCCACGUACAGCUGGCUGAUGGCUCCGACCUGAGUUACGUGGAGGAUGGCACGGCCUGUGGGCCCAACAUGCUGUGCCUGGAUCAUCGGUGCCUGCCAGCCUCGGCCUUCAACUUCAGCACCUGCCCUGGCAGCGGGGAGCGCCGGAUCUGCUCCCACCAUGGGGUCUGCAGCAAUGAAGGCAAGUGCAUCUGUCAGCCAGACUGGACAGGCAAAGACUGCAGCAUUCACAACCCCCUGCCCACGUCUCCGCCCACGGGGGAGACAGAGAGAUACAAGGGUCCCAGCGGCACCAAUAUCAUCAUCGGCUCCAUCGCGGGGGCUGUCCUGGUCGCAGCCAUCGUCCUGGGAGGCACGGGCUGGGGAUUUAAAAACAUCCGCCGGGCUAGGUACGACCCGACCCAGCAGGGGGCAGUGUGACGCCGGCCACGUCAUCCCUCCCGCUGUCCCUGUCUCCUCCAUCUCAUUCGUCACCUCACAUUCUGUUGAUGGGGAGCUGGGGGCUGAUUCCCCACCCCUGCUGUCACUGCUGUCACUACAGGGGUGGGAGAGCUCCGCUCUGGGAAGAAAGUCCUCAGCCUCCCCCUGCCCCUUCCUCCUGCCCACCUGCCCUCUCAGGCCCUGGUCCAUUUCCUCCUGCCCUUCCUAUGGCCAGACCACCCCUGGCCAGGUGGGCCCUGGAGCUGUGUCCCCUGCAGCCCUUUUCUCCCGGGAGGGGAGCCUACCUCUGCGUCCCAUCUGUUUUGUCUUCCAUGUCACCGCUGUCUUAACUUCCCACCAGAUCCCCUCCCCGGCCAGCCUGUGACUUGCCGCCUCUAGGGCCCAGCACUGACCUCCCAGGGCCCAGCUCAGGGGCUCUCCCUCUGGGCCCUGCCUCACCUCCUCCCCUGAUGCCCCCUCUCCGUUCCAGGUCCGGAGGGGCCUAAGUGCCACCCCCCUCCCUCCGAGCCUGGCGCCCACCGUCUCCACCCUGAACCACGAGGCAGCCCCUGCCCAGCCACAGAGGGAGGCACCAUGCAAAUGUCUUCCGGGCCCAAGCCCUUCAACUCCUGGCCCCAUGGGGGGGGGUUUGGGUGGGGGGCCGUGGCCCUGCCCUUUACACCACCACCAGGGUGGACCAGGCCUGGGGCAUUUUCCUCAUGGUCCCCCACCCCACCUCAUGCGGCUUUGGCCUCGCACACCAACUCUCCCUGUGUGAAUGUAGCUUCCAUCAUCACGGAUUGCCACAGCCCAAGGGUAGCGGGGGCGAGAGAGAGGCCCCCCAGUGGGCAGGGCCUGGGACAGCCCCUCCUCAGAACUAGGCAGCUGGGACCAGGGUGUUAGCUAUCUGGGACUUAGGGGGAGGGGGCUGACAGCUACAUUUUUUUUUUUUUUUUUUUUUUACUGAAUCUUAACUGAUGAAUGUAACUUUGGGGGUGCUGGGGCGAGGGAAGUUGGGAUACUUUGACAUUUGUGGGAGGGACCGGAGGAACCGAGGCAUGGCCAUCAUCCCCCCGGGACCCUCCCCUGGGAUGAUCACACCUGGAAUCCUCUCGUGGAACACAGCCGUCCCCAAGCCAGGCAGGGGCUGGGCGUACUUGCGUGCCCCUCAGCCCAGCCCUGCUGAGCUUGGAGAGAAGAAUGAGUGCUGAUUCAAACCAAAGCUGCCUGUCCUGUGCCCAAGGCCUAGGUUAUGGGUACGAUGACCACACAUCCCAGAUUGUCUUCAAUUUCAAAAUGACCACCCUGUUAUCCCUGCCGGGACGCAUGUGUUUGGGGAUCUAGAAAAUCCAGUCCCUGAAAUAAAAUGGCACCUCCCCCCCCUUUCAAGAAGGGUGAUUCUGGGGCUGACUCAGGGUUUAGGUGCCCCGCCCCCCGCAUGGCCUAGGGGUUCCAGGUUGGGCCAUCUUCCCAGGGAGGACUCCCCAAGCAGGAAAGACUGGGAUGGCCCAGUGACUGGAGGGUUAGGGGUUUUGCCAGCGAUGUACAAGAGGAGGUUAGAAAAGGCAGGCCUCAUAUAUGAUCCUCAGCUUCUAGAAAAGUCCUCAAGGCCCUGUCAAACCCAUUCUGCUCCUUACCCCCAUUCCAGGGCUGAGUAGUAAGUUUACAGUUGUUCUCCCCACUCUGUCCUCUGAUCCCCACUGCAGCUGAGCCUGACAGGCUGCGGCCGGGCCGGAUUCCUCAGUCCUGCCCCUGGCCUUCCCUCGUGACCCAUGGGACAGUGGAGCCUUGGCUCAACUGCUACAAACCAGCUGGCAAGGGCAACAUGAGGGUCAAGCUACCUUACGGAUGAAAGCCACACAUGAGCGGAGCCCUUCUCCCCAGGAAUACCCCACCUAGACUCAGCAGGGCUUUCUGGACACCCCAGGGCCUUGGAGCUGCCUGUUUCAGUCCCUCUGUUUCUGGGGCAUCUUUGAGGAGGAAAUGGCUCCCUGUUUAUCUGCACCACCCCUCAGGGCAAACUGGGGACUGAGACCCAUUGACACCCUUUUGGGUGGCCAGAUGCGGCUACAGUGGGGUCCUCAAUACUGAGCUCCAGCUGGUACUGCCCAAGAGAAG